AUGAAAAACGAACCCUGUAAUGUUUGCGGUAGUAGGGACUUAAAUCUUAUUGAUGGAUUCUAUUAUUGUGUUGAAUGUGGUACACAAGAUAUCAACGUCCGUGAAACUAUUGUAGAGCAGACAUAUUUAGCUGAUGGAACCCUUGCUUUAGUCGGAGGAAAAAGGUUUUCUACAAUCGUCAAAGAUGGAAUUGAAAUGAGUGGGGAAUGGCACAAAUGGCACGCCUAUAACUUUAUCCUAGCUGGUCUGACAGAUGAGUUAAUUGGUCUUGGGGCUAAACCCAGCGUAAAAAUGAAGGUGCUCUGGAUCUGGACACGGUAUAUAAAACGAUUUCAAGUGAAAGAGGACUUAGAAUUGAAGAGUAAAACAGGAAAAGAUAGUUUAAAUAUUUCUCAAAUAUCAAAAACCCAGAUCGACAAUGAUAACAGUGAACAAGAAGAAGAGUCAGAAGUUAAGAAAAAGAAAAUUAAAUCUGAAAAAUUUACAAAGGACAUCAAGAUUGUGACAAAAGGUUUAUUACUUGCUAUACUAUAUGUAGCUUUAAAUUUAGAUAAAAGUGAUAUACAGCUGUCGCAUUUGUUUAGGUUUAUUAAAGAGGGUAGAUUAAGUUUUUUAAAUUGUACUAAGUAUAUUCCAAAAGAAAUAGACAUAAAAGCGAUACCGCAUUGGAAAAGCUUCAUUCUUUGUCAAAGUGAUUAUAAUUCACAUUCAAUUAGAGCUUAUGCUAUGACGUGUAUUAAAGCUUUAGAUCUUGGUCUUCCCUUUGUUCCAGAUUUAAAAAAGAUCAUAAAUAACUAUAUGAAAGAACUGUGCCUUCCAAACGAUUUUAAGAAUUUAGUUUAUUCUCUUAUGCUUUACCAUCCAUGUGAUUAUCUUGACAUAGAUCGCGCCACUAAAAGCUGUUUAGUACGGCUUCCUGAUUAUGAAAAUGCUGCUAUGUCGUAUGUUCUUGUUGCGUUAAAAAUAUGCUUUGGCUUGGACUGUGAUUACGAAAUGCGAAUAUCAGAUGUGGUUGACAAAAUCAAUUAUGAAGAAAAUCAUUUAAAAUCACACAAAUUAGGUAUUUAUUUAGAAAUAACAGAUAGAUUAUUUUCCUUUCGAGAAUGGACUCGUUUUUUACAAUUUAGGAAAAUUGUGUUGUGUCAACAUUAUUUGCCAAUGGCCAGACAAUACAAUCAAGAAGUUGAUGAUUAUGUUCUUAUGGAACAUUUGGAAGAAAGAAACAAACAUCCUGUGAAACUAAGGGAUGAAGUUACAAUGGACAUUUUGAAUAAAAUACCUUACAAACAUGACAUCAAGCCUAUACCUAAAACUGAAUUCCAGGCUUGUUUGACUCCUAUGUCUACAUACACAGAUGUUAUAGUAACAUAUGUUCUGGACGAUGAGUUGAGGCUGUUGUUGAGUGAAGAUUUUACUCAAUAUGCUUUAAAAUAUGCUACUGAAGAUUUAAAACUUUUUGAUCAAUAUAUGAAAAACUUAAUUGUAGGCGUUAGUAAUUCAUAUAAAAAAAUAGAAUCAGCUAUAAGAAAAAAUUUUGAUUCAAAGAAAGGAAAUGCUACUAUGGUGUUUGUAAGGAACUGUGAAAAUAAAAAUUGGUUGAAAACACAGCCGCCGGCUGCAGAACAUAUAACAAAAUUUUCCGAAAAUAAAACAUGUGAAAGUGAUCAUGGCGACGACUCAUGCAUUGAAAUUACUCCAGAUGAAACUAAUAAAGAUGUAAAUGAUAUAGAUUGCAAUACAAAACUUGAAUAUUUUGAAGAGGAAAAAGAAAAUAUUAAUAUAUUUGAUGAUAAUUUUGAUGAUUUUAAUGAAGAAGAUAAAUCUGUCAUAGAGCCGUUCGGUAACAGCACUGAACAUUUUAAUGAUAGCAGAAUUGACGGAUCUGAUAUUGUAAAUAGUCGUACAUUUCCUAAAUUUGAUCCAGAUAAUUUUGACAAAGCAAAAAUUAUUAAUGAACUUAUUUUGUCUGCAUGCACGAAGUAUAAAAUAACAUUGCCUAAAGAAAAUAAAACAAGAGUGUCUAGAAAGCGUAGAAACGAUCACGCGAACACUGAUGCAGAAGAAAUCGCACCUAAAAAGAAGAAGCCAAUGAAUACAGCAAAACUGAAUGAUGGGCAAAUGAAAGUUAACGAUGUGAUUGCUGCAUAUUACAAUUACCUAGACUGUGAUGAACUUACAAAAGUAUCGGAACAAGUUAAACAUGCUGUCGAUGCCAUAGAUAAUAAUCAUGAAGAAGUUUUUAAUGAAACCCAAAUAUUCAUUCACAGUGCAAACAGUGAAAGUGAAAAUGUUGAUAACACACCACUCAAUAAUUCAGAUCACUUUGUGCAGUCAGAUGUAAUCAGCGACACCCUUUGUACAGAUAACUUAAAUGAUACUAAUUCUGAACAAUGUGAAUUAGAUACAUGUGUUAACAAAUACGAUUCCGAUUUUGACGAAAAGACGCACGAUAUUAAACAGUUAUAUGUUAAAUUGAACAGUGAUACCCCUAUUGAUAAUGUUCCAAAUGUAAGCGAUGAUGUAGACAUAGAUAGAAUAAUUUCUAACAAAAUACAAGAAUUUACUAACUACGAUGAAAAUCUUAUUGAAGAUGUAGGAAAUAAUGACACUGAUUCCAGUGAUAAUGAUGAAGAUGAUUACGAUUUUCUAGAAAAGAGUAAAUUUGAAAAAGAAAAGAUCGAAAACCAAAACAAUUUGGAGCCAUUGAUUAAACAUCCGCUAAAAAAAAAAGAAUUUAAGUAUUGGAUACGACAUUAUAAUUCCAGGACCAUUGGAAAGAAUUUGGAUAUGCAUCAAAAAUUUGAUACAGAGCUGAAAGAUAAGUAUCCAGCCAGUUUUUAUUUUGUUAUAAGCGAAUGCGCGGCCGUAUUAGGUUGUUCGACGUACAGUCUUUAUAAAGGUAUGCAGAGUUUAGAGGAGAUAAUUUUUGCGAAAUCCAAUUAA